AUGGAAGAGGUUGGACACGACCCGUUGGAUGACAUGCAGGAGAUAAUGGAAAUACCAAAAUUGGAAGUCACAAAACAGAACCUGGACUACUUGAAUUCAGACCUUGAAAAGGACCUGCAGAGACUAGAUGAGGCAAAUUGCAUUCUUCUCAGAAAAAUUCAAGAGAAAGAAAAGUCUAUUCAAAGUCUGGAAAGAGAGAUCACCCUGUCAGUAGGACAAGCCCACGAGAGGGAAGAGUUAAGCCACAUCGUAUUUGAGAAGGAGGAAGCCCUGAGGGACCUGGAAUUAGAGACCGCAAAGCUGGAAAAAAGGAACGAGAUUCUAAGCAGUAACGUGGUGGAGCUUCAGAAGAAGAUUUCAAGGAGAUUUAAGAAUGUUGGCCUUGAUAAAGGAGUCCAAAAGCAGAUGUUGGCAGAAUUGAAGGUGAGACUACAAAAGUCAACAGAGUCCUGUGCAAAGCAAGAGAAGGAACUGGUCAAGAUGGAAAGCGACUACCAAUCAGUGUAUCAGCUCUGUGAGGACCAGGCCCACUACAUAAAGAAAUACCAGGAAAUUCUGAGGCAAAUGGAAAAGGAAAAGGAGAUGCUGCUUCUUGAAAAAGAAGUGUAAGUUUGGAAAAAUGACCUCCCCGAUGGACUGAAAUUCAAAGCCCAGAGCAACUCCUCUGAAAUAGUGAAACCUGGGUCAAUUCUGGUGGAGACCAUCCAAAGCAACAUGGAGAAGACCAUCAUUAAGAAACAGAAGAGGAUCUUUUGGUACAGGCAUUUCAGAUGUCUUGUCUUCAUGGUCAUGAUCUUCAUUAGGCUGCUGGGUUAUGUGAUUUUCCACCUGCAGUACAUAAACCCAGACCUUCUUGUGGAUGUCCUGCCCAUGGUAAUGAGCAGGGACACCUUGAAGAGGCUGAGGGAUGUCUUAUUUCCCUUCCUCACUCUCGAGGUGGAAGAAGUUCUACCACACUAG